AUGAGAGCCCAGUCCGAUUCCUCUCUUAGCCUCCAAGGCAAAGUGGCCCUCAUUACUGGUUCAGGCAAGAAGAGAGGCAUUGGCGCCGGCAUAGCCACUACUCUUGCACAACAUGGUGCAUCUGUUGUCAUCAACUACGUCUCUUCGUCAACAGCAUCCUCCGCUGCAGCAGUGGCUGAGGAUUUAGUUGCUGCAGGCGGAAAGGUACUUGUCGUCCAGGCAGAUAUUUCCCGCCCUGAGGAGGCACAAAGACUUGUAGGGGAGACGGUCACCGCGUUUGGAAAGAUCGAUAUACUAGGUGAGCUCUGUCUUAGCGCUUACCGAGAUCUGAUGGCUUAUUCGAGGUUUGCAGUCAACAAUGCAGGAACGGGGUUUCCUGGUCCUGCACUGAAUGCGACCCCAGAGUCUAUGGCAACCACCUUCGGCGUGAAUGUCUUUGGGCCUCUCUAUCUGGUUCAAGCUGCCGUGGCACACAUGCCCCCGUGCAGUCGUGUCAUCAACAUCGGCUCCGUUGCGUCAAAGCUAGGAGUUUCAGGGUCGCCAAUUUACCUCGCCUCGAAGGCGGCAACGGAUGCAUUGACACUUGCUAUGGCUGGUGAGCUGGGCCGCGGUCAUGGCGGCAUAACGAUCAACACGGUUUCACCUGGUCCCGUGGAUACGGACGGUGUGCCACCCCAUGUGGCAGAGAAGAUUCACAAGACUAUGGUACCCAUGACCCGGGUAGAAGAGAGGGUAGGCACUGUGGAGGAUGUCGCGGAUGCGGUGCUUCUGUUGUGCUCCGAGAAAAGUCGAUGGAUAUCGGGGCAAGUAAUCUCAGUCAGUGGCGGAAUAGUGGGUGGUUGA